AUGGAUUACAAUCCUCUAAUGGGGUCAUGGCCAGCCAGCCCUCCCGGCCUGAUCAUCAUUCAUCUGCCUCUGGCCAUCCAUCAUCCCAAUCCUGCCAUCCUUGCCGCAUUCCCACCUCCACCAGGGUUAAUAACAGCAAUGGUGUAUUGCUACCAUCCCCCAUCAGUUAAAAUUACCAUAUCCCGUCAAUCCUUCGAGCGUUGGAUGGAACUCUACCACCUAACUCAACGUGUCGUCCGCAAUCCCGAUGAAUACAAACAGCGCGGAGAUCAAGGCACUGGGGCCAUCCGACAUCAAAAAGAGCAGAACCCUAAGCGAUUCACUCUCAUUCCGGCAAUCAGCAUGUUUGGCGUGAUAGCUCUGACGGUGACUGAAGAGAAUGUGAAGCGACCUUGCUUCACGCACUUCCUCAAAUAUCAGCUGCUUCCACACAUGAAUCCUUAUCCAGGUCUCAAUUCAAUCCUGGUUAUGGACAAUGCUUGUGUUCAUUGUGGCGGCAAAGUGGCACAAUUAUGCGAUGAAGCGGGGGUCCAAUUGAUUUAUCUUCCCCCUUACUGCCCAGAGCUCUGCUUCUCUCAGGUUAAAAGUAAUCUCCGCAGAACUCAAGCUUUAAUUCAUUCAAAUGACCCAGAGUGGGUCAUCAAACGGUCAUUUUACCGUGUAGUUACCAAUUCUUUGUUGUAUAAGUUGUAUGCUCACGCUGGUUACAAUUUUUCUGGCAUCACUCCUGCCCCUGUGACUCCGGGUACCCACUUUCCAGAAUAG